AUGGAAUGGCAGUCAUCUGAUAACAAGUGCAAUCCCACUGGCUUGUGUGGUUCAAAUGCAUACUGUACUCUGGUGGAUCAGGUCACUGCAUGUGCUUGUCCUCCUGUAUAUAAGAAUCAAGAGUGCAGAAAGCAUAAGCUUCCUCUGAGAUUUGGAAAAACUGAACAAAAUAAAUCAGUGGCGACUUAUAUUAAGAUGAGAAUAGGAGAAUUCGGAGGCAAAGAAAGAGGAAUAGAGCCAAAAGCCGGGAAUGAUUUAUCAACUAAGAACAAGAAUGAGCUGCAUAUUGGUAUACUAAUUACUGGUGUUUCAUGUUUAAGUGUUGGGUUAAUUGUCAUAUCAAUAUCAGCCGCCCUUAUUUUCAGACACCGUGCUCGGGAAUGCAAGGCAAUCUCCAAUGAAGCCAGCGAAGGAUUGGUUAUUGAUGUCACUUUAGGAUCAUUUACAUAUGAGGAUCUUGAAAGAACUACCAAUGGCUUCAAGGAGAAGCUGGGAAGAGGAGCUUUUGGGACAGUUUUCAAGGGAGCCUUGUUGAAUGGGCAGACGACCAUUGCUGUUAAGAAACUAGAGAAAGUGAUGGCUGGCGGAGUAGUGGAGUUUCAAAAUGAGAUAAGAUCCAUAGGUAGAACUCACCAUAGAAAUCUUGUCCGCCAGUUUGGUUACUGCCUUGACAAAUCAAAUAUGCUUCUGGUUUACGAGUACAUGAAAAAUGGAUCUCCUACUGAUUUUCUUUUUAAAUCUGAAACAAAGCCUAAUUGUGAAGACAGGAUUCGAAUUGCUUGGGACAUAUCUAGAGGCAUCCAUUACCUACACAAGGAAUGCGAGACCCAAAUCAUCCACUGUGAUAUAAUUUCCAAAAACAUACUAAUGGAUGAACAUUGGAGAGCAAAAAUUUCAGACUUUGGAUUGGCAAAGCUGCUGAUGCCAGACCAAAGCAAGACGCUCACUGGAAUCCGGGGAACAAGGGGAUAUGUUGGCCAGAAAAAAUUUUUCUAA